AUGCCUUCCAACUACGAGAAACUGGACCGCCCCAGUGGCCCCAGCCUGGAUACCCCCAUCACCAUGUCCGCCCCCGAAAAGGCUGCCUUCUCCAACGUCACCACCAUCUGCCCGUCGCCACUCGACUCCCCCAGGGUCAGCGACUCGUACACGCCGCGCACCGACAAGCUCAACCCUUUCGAUACAGACAUUGAGGCCAUGAUCCCCGCUACCACCACCGACACAGGCACCCAAAGGGUCGUUCCCGCAGUCAGCAAGUCCGAGUGCCAGGUCUGGCCUGGCAAGGAGCACUGGAAGCAAAAGGCCAAGCUCGACAAGAAGCAGCGCAGGGCAUGCACCUUUAUGACCAAGCUCAGCCCCCGAAACCGCAUCAUCGCCAAGGUUCUCAUGAUCCUCCUCGUCAUCGGCAUCGCUGUAGGCGUCGGCUUCGGCAUCAGCAAGCCUCUUCACGCUCCCAUCUGGGGCUCCAACAACAAAUAA